AUGACCAGUUUGUGGUUGGACUUUGUGUUGCAGAUGAACUCGUGGUACUUUCGAAUUGCCAGAGAGAUGUUCUUCUUGCGCUCGAAUCUAUUCACCGACAGGAAGAACGGUUCUUCUUUAAAGAACUCAGAUACCUCAUCCACUGAGGACUGGUUCAGCCGGAUGUCGCCGACGCACGGGUACAACACGUCGAGCGACUCCGGUUUGAGGCUCUUGAAAGCGCUGCUAGCUGUCUUUUUGGUGAAGUUGGAGUUCACCAAGAUCUUGUCUGCGAACCCCAUGGAAAACUCCUCGAUGGUAUCAAAAACGGCACGGUAA